GGACCACAUUAGCUCCCCGUUCCCCUGUUUGGAAUUCCCCCAUUUUUAGAGAAACCAGGAGGUCAGGUUCAGCCAUCUCUCUCUUGCCCCGCACUUGGAAUACGGGAAUAUGGGGGCUGGAGCCAGUGCUGAAGAGAAGCACUCUCGGGAGUUAGAAAAGAAGCUAAAGGAAGAUGCCGAGAAAGAUGCAAGGACUGUCAAACUGCUCCUCUUGGGGGCGGGUGAGUCUGGAAAAAGCACCAUUGUAAAACAGAUGAAAAUUAUUCACCAGGAUGGUUACUCCCUUGAGGAAUGCUUGGAGUUUAUUUCAAUUAUUUAUGGCAACACGCUACAGUCUAUGCUUGCUAUUGUGAGAGCCAUGAAUACACUCAACAUCCAGUAUGGGGACCCAGCAAGGCAGGAUGAUUCUCGGAAGCUCUUGCACCUGGCAGACACCAUUGAUGAAGGUUCCAUGCCAAAGGAGAUGUCUGAUAUCAUUGGGCGCCUAUGGAAAGACACGGGUAUCCAGGCAUGCUUUGAUCGUGCAUCUGAAUAUCAGCUCAAUGACUCUGCUGGAUAUUACUUGAAUGACCUGGAGAGGUUGGUGACUCCUGGAUAUGUCCCAACUGAGCAGGAUGUGCUGAGAUCUCGAGUGAAGACCACGGGUAUCAUUGAGACACAGUUUGGCUUCAAGGAUCUCAACUUUAGGAUGUUUGAUGUGGGGGGACAGCGCUCUGAACGUAAGAAGUGGAUUCAUUGCUUUGAGGGGGUGACCUGCAUCAUCUUUAUUGCUGCACUGAGUGCAUACGACAUGGUUUUGGUUGAGGAUGAUGAAGUGAAUCGUAUGCAUGAAAGUCUGCACCUUUUUAACAGUAUCUGCAACCAUCGUUACUUCGCCACAACGUCCAUCGUACUCUUCCUUAAUAAGAAGGAUGUCUUUACAGAGAAGAUCAAGAAGGCUCACCUGAGCAUCUGCUUCCCAGACUAUGAUGGGCCCAACACAUACGAGGAUGCCGGUAGUUACAUCAAGACACAGUUCCUGGAACUUAACAUGCGACGAGAUGUCAAGGAGAUUUACAGUCACAUGACUUGCGCCACCGAUACAGAGAACGUUAAGUUUGUGUUUGACGCAGUCACAGACAUUAUCAUCAAGGAGAAUCUGAAGGACUGUGGCCUGUUCUAAGGAGACUGCUACAGAAUUUACCAAGGUGACUCCAUCCUCAGCCCUUUACCCCAUCACCCAACGGUGAGCAACUCAUCGAAGGAGCAUUGCUGCUACCCUUGUGGGGCCCCCAUCUCCAACUGACAGAGGAGUGACACUGCACCAGGCUAUUGUAUACAGUUCCUUCACACCCAUUUAAAGGAACCCUAAGCACCCAUAGAGGACCCACAACAGUCUUAAUUUGCCUCCACACCUGGUUUAAAAAGCCAAAGAAACAAUAUUUUAGAGAAGUAAAGUCAAUUGAAGCACUGGAUAUAAACAAGACCUCAGUGAAGGAGAACUUUUAUAGGUUCAAAUUCAAUGGUGUUCCUCCAUUUCAGAAAACCCCCUUCUCUGUAAGAGAUGUCUAUAGUGUUUCCCAACUACUGGCCAUUUUGGCAGGUGAGGGCUAACUGGCCACACCUUAUAAGAGAUAUUCCAGAUGCAGGUAACAUUUUGGCUCAGUCUAGUAGUUCUGCAGCUGUUGGUUAAGGUGGGGUAAAGGGCUCUGGGUUUAGGAAUGUAGUGGUUAAAGGAGCACAUUGGAGUGGGGAGAAUUAAUUGCCAGUCUGUUUAUAAUGCACUUGUUUAGCAGACAGGAGAACUUCCUCAGAUGUGAACCUUUAAUUCUCACAUUGGGCAGUAUUCGGCAUUGGAAGGUGGGGCUCAGUCCUUGGAGAGAAACACUUGCAUUUCUGCCCCACUUUCAUAGAAAUUGAUAAUCGCACCCCUUCUUUUAUAUAAAACUUCAUAUUUAUUACUUUAAAAAGUCUCCAGUUGUAAUCCCAUGACUAAAUCACCCGGGCUUUAAUAACAAGACCUAAUGUAAUGUAUAUAGAUAUAUAUAUAUAUAUGUUAAGGUGUCCAUGUCCAUGAUGAGAUGCUUUCUUUCAUCAAGCCAGCUGGGAGUCAUUUUCCUUUGCUGUUAUAGCCUCCUAAGGAAUCUUCUAUGUUGACACAACAGGGAGAAAGUGAUAUGAGAUCAAGCUGGCUUAUCCAACCAUAACUAAAAAGCAGCAGUAUAUGGAUAUAGUUACAUAUAUAUAUAUAUUCCAACCAGAAAAGAACAUCUUAUACUAGCGUUUCCAGCCUCCCCAAGAAAACUAAAUAAAAAUCCCGUUUACAUUGGAUGUGUCUGCAGAUCAGUAAGAGGGGAUCUGACCCUCUGCUUCUUCUGUAGGGUUUCAGUACUGAAUGCAUUUAUUUUUUUUGUAACUAUUACAUGUGCUCCUACUUAUCCCUCACUGUUUCCAUCCACAGUUGUACAGAUAGAAUGUAGCUGCUCUUUACCAGGCUUUCGAUACAUUAAAUGCCGUUGUUAGGCGGAAUGAUGUCA